GUUGCGCCGCCCCUGGGCUGCGGUUCCGCCACGAGCUCGACACGGGGGCAGAAUUUAUCCGCCCCCAGUCUCCGAGCAUCAUGUGAGGAUCGUUCCGAAUGUCCGUAGUCAUUUGGCUCAAGCCAUUCUGGAUCCAGCCAGCCCAGCGGGCUGGUCCGGCGGAUUCCGUUGACCGUACGAGCUCUUCCGCGCGCCCCCCUUUCUGGCCAGCCAUGCUCUCCAAGGUGCUCGCGUGCGUGGGCCUCGCCGCGGCGUCUGCGAACGCCGCCGUGAGUGGAGCCGGGGUCUCGGCCUUCGAGGCGGUCGCGCAGCGGCGCGACGUCACCAUCGGGGACGGGGGGGGCUCCGUGAGCGGCGACGUGGACGAGGAGGUCCAGGAUUAUUUCGAGCAGUUUCUCGAGGGCGAAGCUGAGGACGGCAAGCCCAGGAAGCGCAGGUCGUCUGCGAGGACGCACAGUUCCAUCGCGAGCUUGACGACAAACCUGGACGAGGCCAUCCCGCUGCUGGAGUCUGACUUCAAGCAGAAGACGCAGGCGCUCAAGGUCGCGCUCGUCUUCUUCAAGGAGAAGCAGAGGGCCAUGGACGUGGCGAAGAGAGAGGCGACCCUGGCCAUGAAGGAGCUCCGCAGGGAGGCCGAGCAUCGCCGCCUGGCCGCCUCGGAGCGCCGGAACGCCAAGCAGAGGGAGGUGAAUGCGCUGAAGGAGCAGAAGCGCACUGCCAAGGAGGCAAUGAUCAAGAAGGCGCAGGCCCUGAUGGGCGCCAAGGGCCAGCAGGCGGAGGGCAUGCUCGGGGAGAUGUCCCUCGGCAUCAUGGUAGACGUGCUCAUGGCCCUGCCGCAGGCCGUGGAGAACCCCAUCUUCGUCAAGCGGCUCAACAGGGCGAAGGACGAGAUCACGCGGUCCGUCCAGGACUUCCUCAACAUCACGCGCCGGAAGUCGUCGAAGUUCGUGUUGGCGAGCAGCAAGGCCUCCGACGUGGAGCUCUCCUUUCUCAUGGCGCGCUACUUCCACGAGGCCUCCUUCCGGGUGAAGGCGCUGCAGUCGGACGCCCAGAAGGUCGCCAGGGACCUCAACAUCGUGAUGCCCCGGGAGCUCCGCCAGAGCUUCCUGCCCAUCAUCAAGCAGCUGCGAUCAAAUGCGGCCCCGCUGCGCGUGAACGCCAGCGAGCUCGCGAAGGCGACGCUGCCCGAGGCCUGCAGUCAGAUCUCCAGCGUCAUGGCGAACAUCAGCGAUUAUAACAACAAAUUGAGCACGAUGCACACUGGCCUGCACAACCUCUGGCAGAUCUCCGAGCUGAUGCUGCCGCACAUGAGCAAGAUCUACCCCCUGAAGACGGUCGUCAUCGACACCGUCAAGGACUUUAUGUCUAUGGCGACCACCCAGGUUGCUGGUCUUCAGGAGUCCUCGGACGAGAUCGUGACAAACAUCGGCCCCGUCGUCAUGGAGCGCCUGCAGUGCACCUGGUCCUCCGCGCGCGCCCGCGGCGCGAGCAUCUUCGCCCUGCUGGCGUCUGUGGCCGGCUUCCUCCUCUGCUGAGCGCCCGGAUGGUGGGGCGCGGCCAGAGCCAGAUCCCAAGCGUCUCUAUUUCCUCGUCUCUUUUUCUCUCUCUCUCGCUCUCUCUCUCUCUCUCUCUCUUCUCGCGGCCUUCCUGUUGUUUGCCAGGAAAGGCGGCGCGUCGCGGUUGCCGCCUCGGGGACACCAACCAAAAAAUGUGAAGAUCGUUCUGACUUCAGUUUCUGGCAAGAUAGCUGCGUACACAGUCAAGCGCAGACGGGAUGGGCGGGAUUGCAGCGGCGCGUCCCCACCUCCGCAGCCAUUUGCUUCAGAGGCUCCACAGGUCCGUGCUACUAGCAGCACGAAUUUUGCACUGUACACGCGUUGAGUCCAGGACAGAAGUCAUUGGGUGGUGCACUGCCUCGACUCCUCCGCCGAAGCAGGGUGCUACCGCGGGUCCGUGUAAUUGUCUGGAGAUCCCUCUGGAAAGUUCGGGCGGCAUACCGACGGAAUCAGGGUCGUCAUUGGCUCCUGGGCUGCGAGGCCAGCUGCCCGCCAGAUGUGCCAGAUUCGUUGGAGCAUCCAGCGAACUGCACGCGGCUCCGUGCAAGGUGCCGGCAGGCGGCUGGGGCCGCCUCGCCCGGAGAUGUCGCCGGAGACACGCGGCCAGCUGCACCCCUCGGCCCAGCAGCGUGCGGAGAAGCACGCUGGUGGCCCACUGCGGGUCGCUGUUCAACUGGGCGCCGCUUGCCGCGCGCACCUGCUUCCGUCAGCACGGACAGGUCCGACUCGGCCCCGCGGCAGCGGAGGCUCUCCGCCAGCUCCUGCCGGGAGGUCGUGCGAGGCGGCGCGACGGCCACGGCAGCAUGCGUUGUUGCCGCGGACUGGCCGCGCGGUGCCACUCCAGCUUCAGUCCAGUCGUGGUCUUAGUUGCCGUCGUCUGUCGCCCCGUGCACUUCUCCAC